AUGACGCAUGGGAGCACCAGCGCCGAGCAGGCGUGUAUUCCCGUCAAAAUGAAGGAAGCGGUUCUGUUCUUUGCUUUUGAGAACCCGGUAAUUGCGGCGCUUGAGUGUCCAGUGUGCAAGUUGCACCUGGAGGAACGUUGCCUGGGCUGUCGUGAGAAGGGGAAGGCUGUGGAGGACUGCCCCGUAGUGCGUGGGGUAUGUGAUCAUACCUUCCACGGGCACUGCAUACAAAGUUGGUGCCUUCAACGGGGAGAGUGCCCGGUUUGUUUUAAAGGGUGGGUUCUCGCAACGUACAUUGAACGCAAAUGA